AUGUUUCAACCCGCAGGUGUGAUUGUUGAUCAAAUGGGUAAUAUUUAUGUAUCGAAUGAGAGAAGUCAUCAAAUAAAACGCUGGUCGCCAGGUGCAAUAGAAGGUACUACUAUCGUUGGUGAAAACGCAGGUGGAGGUGGACCCGCGCAAUUCAGAUUUCCUCGAGAUUUAUCAUUUGAUCGACAGAGUAAUCUUUAUGGCGCUGAUAUAAACAAUGAUUGA